UGUCCUGGCAGAAGGGGCUCAGCUCUGCUAUUCUGGUGCAGAACAGCAGAGAGAGGGGGGGCAGAGCAGUCACUGACAGGAAGGCUGUGGCUGUGCUCCAGGAAAGGAGGAGUCCGAGGAGCAGGAAGAGAACGCAGAAGCUCAGGCCCUGGAGUCUGCUGAGGCCUGCACCUUCCCGGGGUCUGAGCAGGAAGACAUCCAGGAUGUGGCCUCUUCUGCUGGCACUUACCUCCCUGAUGCCCGUCACCUACUGCAACUCUACUGCCAUGAGGGACCUUCCUGCACCAGCUAACGUCCACAUUGAUUCCUACAACAUGAAGCACAUACUGAGAUGGGAUCCUGUGGAAGUUUCGGAGGAGCGGCUCCCUGUAACGUACAGGGUAGAGUGUGUUCUGAGCAAUCGCAAUUUUCCAAUGUGUGAGAACAUCACUGAGACACAAUGUGAUUUCACAGACAAAAUACAACCUUUCUGGAGAGGCGUUUAUACAGUGCGGGCGGAGGUGAGCGAGCUGACGUCUGCCUGGGCCAAAACGGGUCAUUUUCAAGCAAAUAUAGACACAAAAAUUGGUCCUGUAAAGUCCCUCGUCGUGGAGUCCCAUGAAAACACAGUGAAAGUAGAUUUUUCACCCCCGUUUUCACCAAUUCUAAAAAAUGUUAGAUACACGGCGUAUUACUGGAAGGAGGGCGCUGAGGAGAAGAUGGAGGUUCCUUUAAGGGCGCCCACGCACUUCGUCCUGGAGGACCUGGAAGAACUGACUGUGUACUGUGUGAAGGUCAAAGCCUCCACUGAUUUUAUAGAAGGUCAAGCGAGUGAUCCCAAAUGUGUGAAGACAAUGAGUCGAGAUUACAGUGAAAAGCAGUUGGCCGUGGCUGUCGUCUGUGUUAUCUUUGUCUGCGGGAUCGGUUUGGCCGCUGGAUUCGUAGUGUAUAGAAAUCGCGCUGUUCUGAAGCGUUUGCUGUACCCCCCUUUCAGGAUGCCAAAUCACAUUCAGGAGUUCUUGGAGAAUGUUCCUGAGCAAUCCCACAAGGAAUCGAUUCACCCAAGUGAUAAAGAAGAACAUUACAAUGAUAUUUCACUUUUAGAAUUAUCAUUCUACCUGGAGGAUGACCAGCUGUGUUCUGACCCAAACCUGGGGUCUACUGAGAAAACCUGAAGAAGUUCUGACCAAGCAACUGACGCUACUCAUGCUAAUCUGUACAGCUAUGAACCUUGUGCAGAUGCCCCUCACGUUCGGUGCGGACAACCUCUGGGACUCCUGCCAUGUAAGGUCUUGUGCCAAGAAGUGUCUAUAGUAAUAACAUGACUUUAGGAAUGACUCCUCAUGGUUAUGGGUAUCCAGAUGGAAGGUGUGGGACUCUUUAUUUUUGUAAUAACUCAGGUUACAGUCUGUAGUCCCUGUGAUUCGCAGGCUUUUGUUAUGUUUGUCGAUUGAUCCAUUACUCUUCAG